AUGACCAAGAAAUCGUUCAUCAACACAAGAGCAUUGAAUCCUACUGCAAUUAAUAGUUACUUGUCUGGUAUUGAAGCUUUGAGUGGAACUAAUUUUAGAAAUGGAAGGAACAAAUUAAGAAUUGUUUUGGGAAUUAUGGAUUUAGACUAUGCAUUAAGAGAGCCUACUCCUACAAAGCCUAAUGAUACAAGUUCUAAGGAACAAAUGGCUUUAUAUGAAAAAUGGGAACACUCUAAUCGCUUAAGUCUAAUGAUUAUGAAAGGCUUAAUUACACCUGCAAUUCAAAGAGCAAUCCCUGUUUCUGAAAGUGCAGUGAGCUAUAUGAAAUCUAUUGAAGAAACAAUUCAUUGGAACUUCCAAAUCCCUUGCUAG